GCGCAGGUGCACUAGGAGCCAGUGGACGAGGGGGUGCCAGCUCCAUCGGCUGAUGGACCCGAACGCUCGCGGCUGAAAUGCUCAGCGGUUGUUCGCUGUCAACCUUCACGGCGGUUUGGAACUCGUACAGCGGUUUGACGGCAACGGUGUGUCAGUCGUUCGGUGUGUAUGUAAUCUGUGGAGCGGGGGACCGGAUCGUCGGGGAAGAUAUUGUAGUUACACUCCGUCUUCCUUCCACACCCCCCUCUCCCUCUUCAGGCUGCGCAGAUGACGUGCGCAGUGGCUUUGUGAAGUUUUGUGGAUCGGGGAAAAGAGUCAAAGCCAAAGAGACAGUAGAAAAAUCUUGAAGAGACUUGACAAAUUCUCUUCACUGUGCAUGGAAGCAAAGCUAAUGCGCAGUCCUUAUUCUGAGGCCUUGCUGUUCGAAUUAUUGAAUUGACUGCUGGGAGAUAAAGUGACGUCCAUUACGUAUGAUUUUGAAGUUACUUCACGUCUCAAGAUGAAUUCCUGGGAUCGAGGGCUGUUCUGUGGUGCAUCAGUGCUCGACCAGUAGAGGUAGGAAUGGAUGUCACUAGUCGAUGUACACUUGGUGACCCCAACAAACUGCCGGAGGGAGUACCACAACCAGCCAGGAUGCCAUUUGUAUCAGAUAAACACCCUCGGCAGACUUUAGAAGUGAUCAACCUCCUGAGGAAGCACCGGGAACUCUGUGAUGUGGUGCUGGUUGUGGGCGCAAAAAAGAUUUAUGCACAUCGAGUGAUCCUAUCAGCUUGCAGCCCCUACUUUCGAGCCAUGUUCACAGGUGAGCUCGCAGAAAGCCGGCAGACAGAGGUGGUGAUCCGUGAUAUCGACGAACGUGCCAUGGAGUUGCUGAUUGACUUUGCUUACACAUCUCAGAUAACGGUAGAGGAGGGGAACGUGCAGACCUUGCUGCCGGCUGCCUGCCUGUUGCAGCUGGCCGAGAUCCAGGAAGCAUGCUGUGAGUUUCUGAAGAGGCAACUUGAUCCAUCCAACUGCUUGGGAAUCAGAGCUUUUGCUGAUACCCACUCCUGCAGAGAACUGCUGCGGAUUGCUGACAAAUUCACUCAACACAACUUUCAAGAGGUGAUGGAGAGUGAAGAGUUCAUGUUGUUACCAGCCAAUCAACUUAUUGAUAUAAUUUCCAGCGAUGAGUUGAACGUGCGGAGUGAGGAGCAGGUUUUCAAUGCAGUCAUGGCGUGGGUCAAAUAUAGCAUUCAAGAGCGACGUCCGCAGCUUCCCCAGGUAUUACAACAUGUUCGCCUGCCACUGCUCAGUCCCAAGUUUCUGGUGGGUACAGUUGGUUCUGACCCCCUCAUCAAGAGUGAUGAGGAGUGCAGAGACCUUGUGGAUGAAGCCAAAAAUUAUUUGCUUUUACCACAAGAACGACCCCUAAUGCAAGGUCCAAGGACAAGACCUCGUAAGCCUAUCCGAUGUGGUGAGGUUUUAUUUGCAGUUGGAGGUUGGUGCAGUGGAGAUGCAAUUUCCAGUGUUGAGCGCUAUGACCCCCAGACCAAUGAGUGGCGGAUGGUAGCCUCCAUGAGCAAACGACGGUGUGGCGUAGGGGUCAGUGUGUUGGAUGAUCUCCUUUAUGCAGUGGGUGGACAUGAUGGCUCAUCAUAUCUUAACAGUGUGGAGAGAUAUGAUCCAAAGACCAACCAAUGGAGUAGCGACGUGGCUCCCACCAGUACAUGUCGGACCAGUGUUGGCGUGGCAGUGUUGGGAGGGUAUCUGUAUGCUGUAGGUGGCCAGGAUGGCGUCUCUUGUCUGAACAUUGUGGAAAGGUUUGAUCCAAAAGAGAAUAAGUGGGCACGUGUGGCUUCAAUGAGUACCAGACGGUUAGGUGUGGCAGUUGCUGUGUUAGGUGGAUUUCUUUAUGCUGUUGGUGGAUCUGAUGGUACCUCUCCCCUAAAUACAGUUGAACGCUACAGCCCACAAGAAAACCGUUGGCAUACUAUUGCGCCGAUGGGAACGCGUCGGAAACACCUGGGGUGCUCUGUUUACCAAGACAUGAUCUAUGCAGUUGGAGGAAGAGAUGAUACCACAGAGUUGAGCAGUGCUGAGAGGUUUAAUCCUCGCACUAAUCAAUGGUCUCCAGUUGUGGCUAUGACAUCACGCAGGAGUGGUGUUGGCCUUGCAGUUGUUAAUGGGCAGCUGAUGGCAGUGGGUGGCUUUGACGGCACUACUUACUUAAAAACUAUUGAAGUUUAUGAUCCAGAUGCAAAUACAUGGAGAUUAUAUGGAGGUAUGAACUAUCGCAGACUGGGCGGUGGAGUGGGUGUGAUCAAAAUGACGCACUGCGAAUCCCAUAUAUGGUAAUCUGUAAACUCUGGAAUCUUUGCUGCUAUUGGAUGCUGUAAUUGUUUCGGAGCAAAUAUUUUAAAUUUGGUGGAAUCUGGCUGCUUUUCAGUCAAAAGAAGAGAGUUGCUCUCCAUUAAGUAACCUGAAGACAGUUUGGUGCAAUACAUAUUCUGUGGAAAAACUAGACUUCUAGGUAAGUCUAGUGACUAGUUCUAAGGAUGUUAAUAUUGGUGCCUACUAUUUGUGUGUGGGGAAAGCUUUCUUACUGAAACCAGUUGAUAGUACCUUGGUGGUUAAACUGGAAGUGCAAAAGAGUUGCAUACUCGCGGACAGAGAUGAAAUUGAUUUUCUAAUCUUUCAACUUUUGAGGAAUUUAAAAACUGAGGUGAGAAGAAGUAUCAGUGUGCAGCAUGACAGAAGAUUCUUCAGAGCAACUAGCAUAUGGAAACCAUGUGCAAACCUACAGUUGCCUAUCAAACCGAACAGUUCACAAUUCCACAUGUUGCAGUUUAAAAAGGAAACUGUCAUGAGUGUUAAAUGAGCAAAUGAAAGUUCUUUUAGUUGCUGUCCACUAGAGAACCAUAGUAAUACCAUGCACAGCUACUGUAAUGUACUUUUUUCCUGAUGUUUACUAUUCUGUUUUUGGUGCAGUGAAUGUGGUUUCUUCUAUUCAGGAUAUAUAACAGGAGUGUUACAUAGUCCUGUGCUCCCCGAAAUGUUACAUAACUGGAAACUUCUUGAAGGGCACUGUAUUCAUGAGAAAGUGUAUAGCAAACCUUUAUUCCCUUCAGUCACAGGAGCACAAAAUGAUAUACAUCAUGUCACUUGAGCAUGAAACUGUUAUAACCAAAUAUGGUGCAUGGCUCCUCCUCCCGGAAGCCAAAAAAAAAGUUUGGAAAAGACUUUCUCAGACUUGACUGAAAAAUAAUUGUUCUUGAACAGUAUUUCAUCUUACCAGACCCCUCUCAUUUGUGCUUACAAUGUUACAAUGAAAAUUUUAAAAAGUUGGCUACAGCACCUCUGCUGCUCGUGAACAUUAAGUUAAUUUUAUAAAUUGGUUGGUUGGUAUGGAGCAUUUUCAAAGCCUUUGACAAAUGUUCAGUAGUAAUGAGAUUUUUACAAAGGAAUCCAUUGCCUGCCUUUGUCACUAGGAUGGGUAAUAACAGUUUACUAAGGCUAAGUGACCUUUUGAUUGUAGAUGUUCUAUAUUUUGGUCAUAAGAUUAUCUCCAACAGAAUGGUAGAAAUAUCCAGGUAUGAUCUUAACUGACAAAAAUCUUCUUGACAGUGACCAUUAUGGUAUUAAGGGAUGGAAGUUUGGAAAUUGGAUCUUAAUUCAAAGAAUUGACCUUAUCUGCAGUAUUUUACUUUGCAGUGAUCGGAACAUUGCUAUUGUGCAAGACAUUCAGUUUGUAAAGCUGCAGGUAUCUUCAAUUGUUCAAAUGAUCAUAGAUGUUUCAUUUUAUUCAGCAUUCACUUCAGUUGGAGCUAGAGAUCAGAAGGACCCGCAAACGUUUGUUUCAUGUGCUGUAAUAGCUGUUUUAGAUUCCUGUUGUUUUGCUUCCCCUUUCCACAAAAUGAUGGACUUUUCAGACCUAGUGUAAAUCCAGAUCUAAAUGAUAAUUUCACAUUUUGCAAAGAGAAGUUGUCAAAGAGCUUCACAGAAUUAAAUACUUUUUGAGGGGCAGUCAUUAUUCUAUGGACAAUUCUGUACCAGUAAUCUGAGGGAUGGGGUGAGCAAUAGUUAAUUUUUCUUUCUCCUUCAUGCUCAUUAAUUAGGGAAAGAAUAUUGCUGAAUGAUUUGCACAAAUCUUGUUGUUUGAAGUAGAUUUGCAGAAUUACUGUCUGGCAGUGGAAUGUCAUUCUGCCACUGAAGUACUCAAUCACGUCCUACUCUUGGUUGAUGUUUUACAUUCUAAUGGUGUAGGCUAGGAGGUAGACCAUUUUGCAUUGCGUUGCUGUAAACCAGUAUGCAGAAUUGUUGACAUAACAUUUCAAUCAUAGCCCUGAAUAAUUCUCUUCUACAGAUAUUUUACACCAGAACACCUACCCCAGCCACAUGUAAUGCUUUGCAGGGCUUGAAAACCCCCUUAUCAUUUAUUGAAUCUAAUUGAAUGCGUAGUGCUUUGUCUUUUUUUCUGGGGAAAAAAAAAUUAGCACUCUCAAAUAUUCAAAUGUCAGUAAAAGUCUUGGUGUUGAGGUGUUUGGUUUUGUUUUUAAGAAAAUCUGUACUAUGUCCCAUUUUAUUGUAUUUAUUGUAAACAGUUUAUUGAAUCAGAUUCCAGAAAUGUUUUCAGUAAAUUGAUCUGGAAGAAAUCCAUCUUGUUCUUUCAACCUCAAACUUUAUCCAGCCUAUUGUAUUAAAGUUUUAUUAGUCACACACUGUUACAAUGGCAUAGAAAUAAACCUUUUACCGCAUCAAGUCUGUCUUUUUAUCCCAAGCUGUUCAUGCUAAUCCCCCUUUCCUACUUUGAAUGUUCUUGAAUUAUUUUAAAUUAGAAUAUUAAUAGACUCUAAGAAAAACUUGCAUUUAUGUUAUAACUUUCAGGACCUUGGGAUGUGUGCUUUAUAAUCAUUUAAAGAAAACAACUUAUUCCUAUUGUCACAUAGGGAACAUGACAGGCAUUUACUUACUCUGAGCUCCCACAGAAAUUUGAUAGUGCCCAGAUAAGAAGUUUUAGUGCUUUGUCAGGAUAAAUAAUGGCUGAAACAUCGGAGAACUGAAACAAACAAGAACAGAAAUUGCUGGAGAACUGGUCUGCUUUUCUUAGUGUUAUGUGAUCUUUUACCUUUGUUGAACCUCUCGCAUGCAGUGGUUAUAGUGUCAGCUGAGAUUCUGUACUCGUGGCCAUGGAGUGGCACCUGAUUCUACAAUGGUCUGACUUGAGGGUAGCUUGUGUCAAAAUUUUCUUUCUUAAUUCUUCAAUAAAUCAUACUUGUUUCACAACGAUAUAAGUUAUCCAGUUUAAAACAUUAUUUUCAAAAUGUUGUUUAAUUAAAAAAGUGUAGUAGGUGAUAGUUGCAGCAACUAUCUGACACCAGGCAGAAUCAAGGCAAGGAAUAUCCCUCAAAGACAGUCAUUUAAUACAACAUAUUAAGCUGUUGCACCUUGUACUUAUCAGGGUUUUUUUUUCAAAUUCAGGGUGUCAUAUUAGUACUUUUCUAUAAUCUACAUAGCUUUGGUUGCAAGGUAUGCACAAAGUGCACAUGAAAUGCCUAUGACAGACAAUUGUGCAGUGGUUAGUGCAAAGCAGCAAGGUACAAUGCCAUUUUUGUAUAUUCGCUAUGCUUCCUUCAUGUGAGCAUAUUGCAGUUUCCAUGUGACAUGUUUGUUUGAUAGGAAUGGAUAGCAUCAGCCCCAAAAUGUGUAUCUCACAGAUGAGAUGAACAGCUCAAACGCAGCAGUAAUCGAAGACAGUUAUUUAUUAUAAAUUAUUUUAGUUUUUCCCUUAUCCAGUGAGAACUGAUGUCACCUCCUUUAACUUUAAAAAAAAAAUCAAAUUACCACGUUAGUACUACCAUAUUUAUUUGCUAUCAUUGCUAAGGUAGAAAUGUGCAGAAGGAAUAUUAGUUGUGCUGCUUUGAUUAUUAAGUUUCUACUAUUGCAUCACUUCGAAUUUUUCAAAAGCAGACAAGAAAUGAACAAUUGUGUAUUUUCCACAAAUAAAAUGUUUUGUUUACAUGGAAACACUACUACCUGCAAGUUUUGCCAGCCACUCCCAUCAGGACUUUAAAAUAUGAUCACUGUUCUUUAAGCGGUUUGGAUCAAAAUCCUGAAAAUCUCUCCCUAAUACUAUCGUUGCUGUAUUUGCACCACAUGGACUAUGGAUGGGUGAUAAAUACUGGCCUUUCCAGUGAAACCCACAACCUGAGUGAUUUUUUUAAA